AUGUCCAACACGGCCAACGACAACAGCGGACCACUGACGUCCCUCCCUUUCCCACCCGUCACUCCAGCUCACAUCCUAAACUGUUCCUUCCACUCAUGGUAUCCCCGUUUCCGUUCUCUGACUCCCAAAUCCAGGAUUAUUCCACUCUCUCAGCCAUUCCUGGACUACCUCCGUGCCGAUGGGAUAAUACUGCCCCCUGAACACGGGCCCAGUGAUGCAGAUAGUGGAUUCGAAGACGGAUUCCAGAACGACGACGAGGAUGAGGAUGAGGAUCCUUCGGAGCGGUGGGCCGACAUCCAUGCUAAGAUCCGCUCCACGAUAUCCGAACUGGGUGGCAAGGUGAUGCCGAAACUGAACUGGUCAGCGCCCAAGGACGCCACCUGGAUCGCGACCACAAAUGACAUGGAAUGUCGAACUCCAAACGAUGUAUAUUUGUUGUUGAAGUCAAGCGACUUCGUCACGCACGACUUGGAGCACGCUUUUGACGGCUGCACCAUCGCAGACGAAUCGAAAGACGGCGAUCAGACCGAGGUUGACGAUGGCAACGCCCGUGACGAUAGGAAAGAGAACGCAUUCCCUGAAGUGCCUUACCAUCUCGUACUACGGAAAGCGUUCAACCUGAACCCUUCGCUUGAAUUUCGGUGUUUCAUCCGCGAACGAAAACUCAUUGCAAUUAGCCAGCGAGAGAUGAACCACUUUGAUUUUCUCUUCGACUUGCGGGAUUCCUUCAAACGGUUAAUCCAGGAGUUUUUGGGGCAGCACUUGCUACCUGGCGAUGGUGGAAAGGGAUUCCCGGACGAUAAUUUCGUUGUGGAUGUCUAUAUUCCGCCACCGCAUGACCGUGUGUGGUUGAUUGACAUAAACCCAUGGGCACCCCGGACGGAUUCAUUGCUCUUCUCCUGGUUAGAGUUGCUACAACUGCCAUCCUUUGAAUCGCCAGUCCUGACAUUGAAGAUUGGAGAAGGUCCGGACGUUGAAAAUCGAGAGGGGGAGGAGGAUGAGGACGACGACGACGACGACGAUGAUGAUGAAGCCGAUGAUGAUGAAGCCGAUCUGAUCUUUGAUCCAGAGUUCCGACUCGUGAAACGAGACGAUCCAGAAGCGUAUCAAUUCUCGGCCACGAAAUACUCCGCGCACAAACUGCCCAAGGAAGUCGUGGACGCCAGUAUGACGCCAGGAGACAUGAAGAACAUGAUGGAAGAAUGGAAGAAGGUCCUUGACAAGCAAGUGGACGAAGACGAGGAUUCGGAUUAG